AUGACAACCCCUCGCGUCUUCAUCAUCCGCCAUGGCGAGACGGAAUGGUCUCUGAAUGGCCGGCAUACAGGAACGUCAGACAUCCCGCUCACAGCCAAUGGCGAGAAGCGUAUACGAGCUACAGGUCGAGCACUAGUAGGAGCAGAUCGCCUCAUCGUUACCAAAAACCUCGCACAUAUCUACGUCUCGCCUCGCAAAAGAGCUCAGCGGACUCUCGAACUCCUAGGUCUGGGUUGUAAGGAGGGAGACAUACCCUGGGACAAGCACGGCGAUAUCGCCGAGACAAAUCAGGGAGAUCGAGUGGUGAAAGGUCCUGGCGUAGGAAGUGAUAGAGACGGUGGUGCGGAGAAGAGUAUUGAUGGUAGGAUAGUGGGGAAGGCGAACGGUGGUGAUAUAAGAGCGAAGGUUGAGGUGACGGAGGCGAUACGAGAGUGGGACUAUGGUGAUUAUGAGGGCAUUACUUCGAAGCAGAUUGCGGAGCAGCGGCAGAAGGAUGGCGCGGAGGAGUGGAAUAUCUGGCGGGAUGGGUGUCCUGGUGGAGAAUCACCACAGCAGAUCACACAACGUCUCGACGACUUGAUCGACGAUAUCCGGACACGAUUCCACGCCCACGCUAUUGGUAAGCCGAAAGGCUCCGUCAAAGAACCAUACGAUGUCCUGAUCAUCGCUCACGGCCACAUCUUACGAGCUUUCGCUGGUCGAUGGGUGGCGAAGAACAUCGCGGACAAUCCUAGUCUGAUCCUUGAAGCCGGUGGUGUUGGCACCCUCAGCUACGAACAUCAUAAGCUGAAUGAGCCCGCUAUUCUGCUUGGAGGGGCGUUCAUGAGCGAUGUGAUCGAGGCUGUUGAGGAGGAAAAGAAGUAG